AUGGCAGAGCAAUGCAAGAUUUCUGCUGCCAUGGUAUAUGAGGAAAGGUCAUAUGCGCGGUCAUACGUGCUCAAGGUAGAUGGAUACUCCAGAGUCAAGGCGUUUCUCGAGACCGGCAAGUGCCUUGCCUCUGCCCCUUUCAGUGUUGGAGGGAACGACUGGACCGUGGAAUGUUACCCAAACGGUGACAAUAGGAUUCAUGCCCAUUACAUAUCCCUUUUUCUACGUCUUGAAUCUGCUGAUGCUGGAGAUGUGAAGGCGAAAUUCACGCUCAGUCUACUUGACAAGAAUGGACAACCGGUGCCUUCAUACAGCCGUGCCUCCCCUGUACUAACCUUCUCAAAGAAAGAUUCAUGCUUGGGCUACCCUGAUUUCUUCAAGAAGGCUGAUCUGGAGGCAUCGGCACAUCUAAGAGACGACUGUCUCACCAUCAGGUGCGAUGUCACCGUCAUCCACGGGGAAGAAACAAGGAUUCCUCCAAGCGACCUGCACCAGCACCUCGGUGACCUCCUCGAGAAUAAGGAUGCAACAGACCUAAUAUUUCAAGUCGGUGCACAUAGUUUCUCAGCCCACAGGUGCGUCCUCGCUGCUCGGUCAUCCGUCUUCAAGGCGGAGCUCCUUGGCGCUAUGAAGGAGAGUUCUGCAGCUAAUCCUAUUGAAAUCUAUGACGUGGAAGCUGAUGUUUUCAAGUCCUUGCUUCACUUCAUAUACACCGACUCCGUUCCUCCAGUGUUUGGUGUGGUCAUGGCCAGCCAUCUACUUGUUGCGGCUGACAGGUACAACAUCGGCAGGCUGAAGAUGAUAUGCGAGGAGAAAUUGUGCACUCACAUCGAUUCCAACAUGGUGGCCACCAGCUUGGCUUUAGCAGAGCAGCAUGGUUUCCAUCGUCUCAAAGAGGCUUGUUUGCAAUUCCUUGCUUCUCCUUCCAAUUUCAAAGCUAUGAUGGCAAGCGACGGUUUUGAGCAUCUGACAUCCAGCUGCCCACAUGUUCUCAAGGAGCUUGUAGCUAGAAUCCUUCCGGCUGAAUGGGGGGUGAUUCUUGAAGCUUUGCAUAAUGGAGAGAUUCCAUCAACGGGAUAUCUUGUUGAAAUUUUGAAAAAGGCUAUUCUUGAACGCUGUUUAAAGGUGUAUAAGGAAAAACUGGAGGACUUAGGUCCACCUGUAUUGGUAGAGAAACUGCAGCAAAUUCAUGAGGUGGCAAAUGUUCAGUACUUAAUAAGCCUCCAGCAAAUAGAAUCAGUCACCUCUGGUAUGUCCUUAAUACUCCAUUAG